AUGUACCCGGGUCACCUCCCCGUCCUUGGUCUUCACCAACACGCACCCGGUGUCAUUCCACGUGGAGUGAUGAACCACCCUCACACUCGUCACUACGAGCACUAUCCGGCGAAGUACCGCCCACCUGAAUGUCCAGCUACCCAACAGAUGCGCACGACGUUCACCAUCAAGUGGGUGCCUAACACCCAACAGUGGGCUCAGCUUGAGCGCCGCCUCCGCAUGGCGAUGAUCAGCAAUGGCUAUCCCGUGUUCGAGAUUCGCAACGAGGUCAAGCACGGCGGCAAGACUCUGAUACAUCUCAUGACCCCCACGGAGUACUGCGGCAAGUUCGAAAGCGACAUCAACGAGCUGCUCUACGAGCUGUUCACCAGCUGGGGAAUGAGAUGGAGUGGCAGGGAGAUCAAAAUCCAAACCUACGCCUACGAAUGA